CUGGCAGUAGGUUAUUUGAUUGAAGCAGUGGGAUUCUUCAUUCCUGUAGUAAUAUUCAAUUGCCUCUUGCUGAUUCCACUGCUGGUGACAAUAUUUCUGCUACCAGAGACGCUGCCACGCAAGCAGAAAAUUUCAUGGGAUGUAAGGAUGCAUCUUAAAAAG